AUGCGCAGAGACAAUACUGAAAUUGACGAGAACACUGUUCAUAAUUUGAAGAUCAUGUUAGAUGAGUUCAAUAUUCAUGCAAAAGUUUUUAGAAUGGCGAGGGAUGUCCUGGACGAUAAUGCAUUCUUAGACUUAAAACUGAGGGUUAUAUGUGAUAGACCUGAGGAUGGACGCGUGUAUAACAGACCAACGGUUUCAGAAGUUGCUGCACUAAUUGUGGGAAACAUUGAUUCUGCUUGUAAUAGGGACAUUAUUAUUCAAGCACGCAACGGUGGUUUGCAACGUAGUGAUGAGUUUCAUCCAGCAUAUUUGGCAUAUCAAUACCCUCUCAUAUUUGCGUAUGGUGAAGAUGGUUAUAGGAAAAAUAUAUUGCAUAGAUAUCGCCAUGAAACUGAGGUUACCCGACAAAAUCGUCAGAGCAUCAAGGACUGGCUUUCAUACAGGUUACAAGACCGUAGCGAGGAGGCAAAAACUUUGCUACACUCACGCCGUCUGUUUCAACAGUUCUUGGUCGAUGGUUAUUGUAUGAUGGAAUCUGAAAGGCUGAACUGGUUGCAAAAUAAUCAAUCCAAAUUAAGAGUCGGAAAAUAUAACAGGUUGACAGAUGAAUGCAAUAACGAUGAUGGCAGACAACAACAAAAGCGGGGAAAGCGAGUUGUCUUACCGUCAUCUUUUGUUGGGGGAAAAAGAUAUAUGGAUCAACUGUAUUUUGACGGAAUGGCAAUUUCAAGUAGAUUAGGUUUUCCGGACCUAUUCAUUACAUUUACUUGCAAUCCAACAUGGCCAGAAAUUAUCCGUGCCUUGUCCGAAACUGGGUUACAACCACACGAUCGACCCGAUAUUAUUACUAAAGUCUUCAAAAUCAAAUUUGACGAACUCAUUGCAGAUAUAACAAAAAAGCAUGUUCUAGGGAAAGUUUUGGCCUUUAUGUACACUAUUGAAUUUCAGAAGAGGGGAUUGCCACACACACAUAUUUUGAUUUUUUUACAUCCUCAGAGCAAAUACCCCACACCAUCUGACAUUGACAACAUCAUCUGUGCUGAAAUACCAGACCCUGCUGUUCAUCCGAGGUUGUAUGUGUUGGUUAAAUCUAACAUGAUGCACGGCCCAUGUGGAGUGGCGCACAUGACAUCAACCUGUAUGAAAAAUGGUAAAUGCUCUAAAUACUUUCCAAAGAAGUUUAACGAGGAAACUAUUGUUGAUGCAGAAGGUUAUCCCCUCUAUAGGAGAAGAUCAAAAACCCACGUUAUUGAAAAAAAUGGUAUCACAUUGGACAACCGUCAUGUGGUACCUUAUAACAAAAGAUUUCUCCUCAAAUAUAACGCACAUAUAAACAUGGAAUGGUGUAACCAGAGCACUUCAAUCAAAUAUCUUUUCAAAUACAUUAGCAAAGGCUAUGACAGAAUAACAGCUUCGGUGUCAACCAACAACAAUGAACCGGUUGAUGAAAUAAAACAAUACUUAGAUUGCAGAUAUAUCUCACCAUGUGAAGCAUGCUGGAGAAUUUACUCCUUUCACAUUCAUGGUAGAAGACCGGCAGUUGAACGUAUGUUUUAUCACUUGGUAGGCGAAAAGGUUGUUUACUACACUGAUCACGAUCGAAUGGAAAAUGUUUUGGAGAAUGCAAGUGUUACUGAUUCCAUGUUUACUGGUUGGCUAUCUGCAAACUCAAAGUAUACUGAGGCACUGUCACUCACUUAUGGUCAAUUUGUAUCUAAGUUUGUUUACCACAAAAAAGAAAGGGAGUGGAGGCCCCGCAAAAAUGGAUUCACCAUUGGGAGAUUGAUAUGGGUUCCACCAACAACAGGUGAACUUUUUUACCUGCGGAUGAUGUUGACGGUAGUCAAGGGACCAAAAAGUUAUGAAGAAAUUCGCAAGGUCGGUAAUACCCAGUAUGAAACAUUUAGAGAUGCAUGCUUCUCCAUGGGAUUUCUGGAAGAUGACAAAGAAUAUAUUGGUGCACUCAAAGAGGCCAGUGAAUGGGGCUCUGGACAUUUUUUCCGAAAACUAUUUGUGGUAAUGCUAUUGUCAGGUGCUGUUAAUCGCCCAGCACACGUUUGGAAGGAAUCAUGGCAGCUGUUAUCUGAUGGUGUCCUACAUGCUCAAAGGCAAUUGGCUUUAAAUACAGAUGCCGAAUUGCAACAUUUGACCCUGAUUGAAAUAGAAAAGAUGCUUCAAGAAAAUAAAAGGACACUAAAAGAUUUCAAACCAAUCCCUUAUCCAGAUGGAUAUGUUCUGCAACAAUUAGGUAAUAGACUGAUAUAUGACGAACGCAAUUAUAACAUUACCAAAACAAAGACAGAAUUCACAAAUCUCUUUCGUGGACUUACAGAUGAACAGACAGCUAUGUAUCAAAAAAUUAUGCGCACAGUUGAGUCUCAGAAUGGUGCAGUCUUCUUCCUACAUGGUUACGGUGGAACCGGUAAGACAUACAUGUGGAGAACACUGGCGGCAGCAUUAAGGUCGAAGCAUGAUAUAUGUCUGACAGUCGCAACCAGUGGUAUAGCGUCAUUAUUGUUGCCAGGAGGUCGAACUGCACAUUCAAAAUUUAAGAUACCAGUGCCAACGCUCGAUAAUUCUACUUGUAAAAUUGAGUACAAUGAUGAUGUGGGAGACCUUCUUAGACAAACUAAACUAAUUAUUUGGGAUGAGGCUCCAAUGGCACACAAGCAUACUUUUGAAGCAUUAGAUAGAACGCUCAGAGACAUAAUGUCUAAAUACGGUAACUCAAAGGAGAUGUUUGGUGGAAAAGUUGUUGUUUUUGGAGGUGAUUUCAGGCAGAUUUUACCUGUUGUCCCUCGAGGAAGCCGUUCGGAUAUUGUACAUUCUGCCAUAAAUGCGUCUUACAUAUGGAAUUCUGUUCAAGUGUUAACAUUAACCAAAAACAUGCGCCUGCAAUCCGGUCCGACUGAAGAUGAUAAAAAUGAAAUGCAAUAG